AUGGACAACUUGCGCGCCAUCUUCAAGCGCGGUGAUGGCAAGGAGAACGGCAGCAAUGACUUGAACCCCACUCUCGUCAACCUCCUGAUUGCCCUGCUUGCUAUCAUCCUCUUCACUAUGGCACUCGUCGGUGUCCUGAUGUUCCUCAACCGCAGACGCCGCCGCAUGCAGGAGCGCCGCCAGUCUGAACUCCCGCUCUACGACAAAACUGCCCACAGCCGCCGUCUCACCAUCACUACCACAGCAUACGGCCAGUGCAUGGUCGAUGAGAAGGAGUCCGGACGGCCCUCGAGCCCCGUCCCCGAAAUUCGCAUUACCUUCCCGGAGGAGGAAGAUGCUGCCGGCAAGCGCACCUCCGGCCGCGUCGUUGUCGUCAGAAUAGGCGAAAAGGGCAGCGUCGGUCUCGAGCCAUGCAACGAAGACCUGCCACCAUACCAGUCUGACAGCAACGAGAGAUUCCAGUCCCUCGACCUCGAGCGGAUAGGCGGCCUGAAAGAAAAAGGAGAUCUUAAACAGUAUUCAUAA